AUGGUUCAUGUGACUACGGAUUCCUUAUUCGUUCGCUGUGGCUUGGCCGCCGCUGCCUAUUAUUUACCUCAAGACCUCGGAGUUUUUGCCUUAUUGUCUACCACCAAGAGUUCUGUUUCCAGGAACAUUACUGGCCCAAAAGUUCCCGGUCCCCCUGAGGAUAAGCUGGAUGACUUAAUUUUUAAUUUUAUGUCCGAUCGCAACUAUACACCUGCAAGUUACUCUGUUUUUAAGGGCAGCAGGUUCACUGUGGUUGACCUUUUUUAA